AUGAGGGAGAAGGAGAAGGAGAAGAGCGUGUGCGUGAUGGACGCGUCCGGCCCGCUCGGCCGCGCCCUCGUCGCCCGCCUCCUCCACCGCGGCUACACCGUCCACGCCGCCACCUACCAGCCCCAGCCGGAGGAGCAGCAGCACCACCCGCGCCUCAAGCUGUUCCGCGCCGACCCCUACGAUUACCACGCCAUCGCCGACGCCGUCCAUGGCUGCUCCGGCCUCUUCGCCAUCUUCAACACCCCCGCCCCCUGCUUUGAGGAGGAAGAGGAGAUGAUGGUGGAGGCGGAGGUGCGAGCGGCGCACAACAUCCUGGAGGCGUGCGCGCAGACGGAGACGAUGGAGAGGGUGGUCUUCAACUCCUCCGUCACCGCCGUCGUCUGGAGGCCGGAGCCGGAGGAGAGGGAGAGGGAGAGCGCCUUGGACGAGACCAGCUGGAGCGACCUCUCCUUCUGCAGAAGAUUCAAGCUGUGGCACGCUCUGGCGAAGACGCUAUCGGAGAAGACGGCAUGGGCGCUGGCAAUGGACAGGGGAGUGGACAUGGUGGCCAUCAACGCCGGGCUGGUCACCGGGCCCGGGCUGAGGCUGAGCGCCGCCAACCCUUACCUGAAGGGUGCACCCGACAUGUACGACCACGGCGUGCUCGUCACCGUCGACGUCGACUUCCUCGCCGACGCCCACAUCGCCGCCUACGAGUGCCCCACCGCCUACGGCCGCUACCUCUGCUUCAACCACACCGUCUGCCGCCCGGAGGACGCCGCCAACCUCGCCCAGAUGCUCCUCUCCCCACGCACCCCUGCACCUCCUAGCGAUGAGCUCAAGGUGAUCCCACAGAUGAUCCACACGAAGAAGCUCAACAAACUCAUGCUGGAAUUCACCAGUGGCAUCUACGGGGACAUAAAUUGAUUACGGCGUAUUAUCACCAUUGCCUUGCUUUGUUUUAUAUCACACGUGCAACUAGACAAUAUGUACCCCCUUUUUUUUCUUCUUCUUCUUCUAUUCUUUCUCCUCAAGAGGGAAAUUUGGUUGGUCAAAUGUACAUGUUGUACCUGGCCAAGCUGCCACAUGUAUUCCAUUCUUACCGAGGGUGAGAUUAUUUGAAUGAUUAUUUAUAUACCAACAAAAUUCUAGGAAAGUGUAUUUGCAGCUGUCUUAACUCUCCAUGAACAGCACUACAGCAUUUGUUUUGAGAUGGACGUAUGUUGAGGCU